UGUUUCUUUUUUCACUUUAUCAAUAUUCAAUAUUAACAGCUAGAUUAUGUCUGUCUUAUAGAGGUUAAAAUGGAAAAUCUUAAGAAAGGCUGAAAUUUAUUUAGUAGAAAUUAUACACAGAAUUAGACAUUUUUUGGGAGCUAAAGAGGCUGAAAUCAGCCAAUCAGCUGAAGAUUUUCAUCUCUGCUUUUAAAAAAUUAAUACAAGAAUCAGUGUAUGUGCAUUUAAAAAAAUUAUCACACAGCUCAUCUACAUUGUGCAUAUAACGAUGGAAAUAAAAAAUAUUUUGGGCAGUUAUAAACAUAACUACGUAUACAAUGCAUAUACAACAUUCACAAUUCAAAAUGCAUAAAAUAAAGUUUUGAUGCAACAUAACAGGGAUACUAUAUAAUAGUCUUACCUGAUCUGUGAACACUUUCUCUCGUCCAUUGUGUUCAGACAGAAUAAGAAUCAGACAAAACAAACUUUUAAUUCCAAGUCAAAUCAUGAAUUACAAACAUGUUUUGUUUCAUCAAACUGUGAUUUCAGUUUAGCCAAAAGAGACACAUGGGACUACGAUGGGGAACAUGAAGAUGAUACUUUACUGGACUUGAAACACAGGAAAAUUAUACUAGUACCUGACAGGACCGGUACUUUGGUAAUAAUUUUAUGUUGGUAUGGUCUAUCAAACUGGGCAUUGUUCAGGAUAGAUACUACAUUGUAUCAUUUAAUCAUUGAUUAAGCACAAAAUUGUCUUUUACAUUUUGGAUAAACAUACAAUUUUUUUUUUAUUCAAAUUAUUUCCCCUGUAUUAAUGAAAUGCUAACAGUUGUUCAUAAUCUUAUGUAAUUUAACAAUCAUAGGGGUUCACAAUGAAAGAUUAUGAUGAUGAUAACAUUUCAAAAUUUAGUCGAGAUCAAAUAUAAACAUAUGCUAUGUUGAUCUCGACUCUAUUUUGGAUUUGAAAAUAUUUCAUUACAAAGUAAUAAACCCCUGUACUACAAUAGCAGUAUAUAUAGUGUACAUGUAUAUCUAAGUCUGAGUUACAAUUAUACCUUUUCAUAUACAGUAGAAAUCUAUAUCAUAAUUUGAAAUUAUAAAGGCUUAAUUAAAUCCGUGCUGGUAUCUCUUGUGCAAAUUUCUAUAUCUGUUUUUUAAUAUUAAGCUGAAAACAAUAGAAAUAUUUCAGAGAUCAAGCCAUCUAUAUUAAAUGCAUUGUAAUAAAUUAUUUGGUGUAUUUUUAGUGAUUCUAAAACAAACACAAGUCCUGUUCCACUCUAAGAGUUACUUCCCUUGACUUACCAAUUUGGGCAUCCGCAGAUCUUGGAACUAUUUCUCCUUCAAAAUUAGCUCAAUACUUUCAAUAUUUGAUUUAGGACAUUCUUUUCUACUAAUUAAAGUGGCAUAGUUUAAUUAACCUAAUAACAUUCAUUUUUGUUUUGGAUCCUGGAUAAUUUUCAAUAUAAAUCAUGUAUGAUAUUUAGAACUCCGAAAUCUUAUUAUGAUACGAUACCUAUCAGUGUUACUAUGAUCCGAGUUUAUAGCGACCAUAUUGGAGAGUUUCCAUUGAUGUUUACAUGCCGAAAUGGAGCACUUUAUUAGAGAUUUUUACCAUCCAAGAGUCUAUCGUAUCCAGGUUUGCCUGCUGGUGAUAUGCGCAUGCUACGGUAUUCCGGUCAUAAGAAACGACAUCAUGAAUUACCCAUCGAAUGGAACAGAAGAUUCCACAACUGAAAUCCUCUCGACCCUCUCUUACACAUCUGAGAGUCUAACAAAGAUCCAUAUAUUGGAUGAUACGACAAAAAUGUCCACAACAUCUCUGGACUUGCAGGAUUCGAAUAACAUUAUCACUGAUAGUCAACUAGGAAGUCGUGGACAACGUCCAAAAGAAGGCAGAGGAGAACAGAUUUCAUCAAACAACAUAAAGCACAAUCUCUCAGAAUCAGAACCCACAAGGGAGUUGUCAACUUUUGCUUCUGUGGAUGUUGACGUUCAAACUAUGAAUAUAACCACAAGAAAGGGACAACAUAGAACCAGGGGUCUCUGCCUAGGCCUAAAUCAUGAGGACCUCUGCCGUCAAGCCGUUUUGGCAGUUUCCAAGCUGGAUGAACUGUACCUUGCAGUGAAGAGAUUAUUUACCAGAAAACAGUUUUCUAUAAUAGAACCAACUCAACCGCUCCAGAUUGAUGGCAAUUGUACCGUGAACGUUUCCCAGUUGACCUCUGACCUGAGGACAGUAGUCACGGCUGUGUGCCUCGUUGAGAACGUAACGGAUGUGAAUCAGUCUGUUGGUGGAUGUUGUCUUGAGAACAGUCUUGUUAAGGAGGAGUUUCAGAGAUUUAUUGCCUUUCUGCAGAUCAACGUCUUCCGUAAACGUGUCGCUGUUGACCAGAUCUGCUUAGGAAGGAACGUUAAUGCCAUGUGGCUUGUGAAUCAUGUUAUGAGUACAUUGCAAAACACCAAGAAGGUGCUAUUGGGAAUCGAAUCUGGUCGAUGUCAAAUAUAAUUUUCGUUUAAACGGAGGUUUACAUCUACUGGUUAUAAUUGUAUAUUUUUCAAAUAACAAGUUAGUGAAUAGUUUAUUAUCUAUAAAAAGAAAAUACAAAAUGUUGAUUUAUUUGCGUAUGUAUUUGAUUUUAUUUCCACUUUUUUAUUUUCAAAGAUAUAUUUUACUGAUGUAUAUAACAUAUAUCAAUGUGUAUUUACAACAGGAAUAUUAGUAUACGGGUAAUUCGUCAGUGAAUUGGAUUGUUAAGUGAACUUCUUAGGAACUUUUCUGAUAGAUAAUCAUGCACACAAUGUUUGAAAUCAGGAGGCAUCCAUGUUUUUAGCAAUUUAUUUUGAUAUUGUUUUAUAAGAUUUUAACUUUGUGUUUUAUUCAUGUAUUUGCGCAUUAUUGCUUUUUUGGAAAUAAAUAUUAUCAUUUUU